AGAUACAGUUGGGGGGUUGCCAAAAGCAUAUAUAUCAACACGAGGCAGAUUGUCGGACGUGAGUGCCUCACCGACACCGCACCCUACAGAUCCUUCGUCGCUCCCUCUUCUUGUCUCGGUACCGAUCCUUUCAAGCUCCCCUCCCCAAGCCUCACCAUGACUCGCUUCUGUCUCGGUCACCCUGAGGUGAAUCCGCUCAAUGGCAAGGCCAAGCAGCUCCCCAUUGUCAACCCUAUUGACCGCCACGGUCGUGUAUUCUUCUUCAGCUGGCUUUCCUUCAUGCUGUCCUUCGCAGCAUGGUACGCCUUCCCACCGCUUCUCGCACGUACCAUCCGAGUCGACCUCAAGAUGACCCCCGUGCAAGUCCUGAACUCCAACAUCAUUGCCCUCAUCGCCGGAUUCAUGAUGCGUGUUUGCGUCGGUCCCCUCUGUGAUGCUUUUGGUCCCCGUAGGGUCAUGGUCGGUAUUCUCAUCGGUGCUGCUAUCCCCUGUGGUCUGUCUGGAGCCGUUACGAACGUCAACGGACUCUACGCUAUUCGAUUCUUUGUUGGACUUGCCGGUGCUACCUUUGUUCCCGCCAUGGCUUGGUGCUCCAGCUGGUAUGAUCGAGAAGUUGUCGGUACUGCAAACGGUUUUGCUGCUGGCUGGGGUAACGCCGGAGCUGGUGUCACCUACUUUGUCAUGCCCGCUGUUUUCGACAGUCUGGUCAGGGACAGGGGCCACACUCCCCACGUCGCCUGGAGGAUUGCAUUCAUCGUCCCCACCAUCUUGCUCCUCUGCGCGGCUGCUGGUGCUUACUUUCUCUGCGAUGACAUUCCGCUCGGAGCCUGGAAGGAUCGCCACAAUGCUACAGCUCAGGCUGUAGCUGAGACUGUCGGCGACACCAAGAUCUCCGCUACCUCUUCCAGCGACUCCGUUGGCAAGCCUUCUGGCGAAAAGGUAGCCGGUGGCAACAACCACAUCAUCGAGGACACCGACUACGAGGCGAACAGGGGGAUCGCUGGUGCUCCACGGAUGGAGGUGGUGCAGAAGCCUUCGCUACGUACCGCUGUCCCCCUCAUCUUUACCUGGCAGACCUUCAUGCUGGCUCUUCCCUACACGUGCUCCUUUGGUGGUGAGCUUGCGGUCAACUCUAUCCUCUCCAGCUGGUACCUACAGCACUUUGCCCACCUGGGCUGGACACAGACUCACUCCGGCCAAGUCGCCGCCAUCUUUGGCCUGCUCAACGUCGUCACCCGUCCCGCGGGAGGCUUUCUAGCCGACUACAUCUACGCCAAGGCUCCGCAGGGUAAAGGAGUUCACUUCAAAAAGUUCUGGUACAUGUUCCUCGUCUUCAUGCAGGGCGUCUUCCUCCUGUGGAUCGGACUCACUGGACCCAGACUCAAUCCCGUUGGACUCGUGGGUGGGAUCUGCGCAAUGGCCGUCUUCAUGGACGCGGCCAACGGAGCUGCCUACUCCCUCGUGCCGCACGUCAAUCCUGAGAUCAAUGGUAUUAUGAGUGGUCUAGUCGGUGGGUCAGGCAACCUGGGGGGUGUCGGCUGGUCCAUCGGCUACCGAUUCGCAGGCGGGUAUGCAACGGGCACUUGGAUCAUCGGUGUAGGCAGUAUGGCCAUUGCACUCAUCUGCCUGGUCAUCCCUACCCUGUCCAAGAAGCAGAAGGCAGGUGGAGGCUACAUGGCUCAGUAAAUGAGGCCCAUGUGCACAUCACUCGUCUGUUUCAGACAAGAUCGCUUCGGUCCUUCGUACCCAUUUUGUCAUCGUUUUCCGCUUCCUAACAAUUUCCGAUCGGA